GUGUUCAAUUACCUCAACUUUUAGCCUUUUUUGAACAAUAUUUUGGCGCACGAGUUAUUUAAACACAGUGAUUUAUUACUUAUUUUUAGAGGCUAAACGAAAUAAAAUGGUCGUAGUGGGUUCUAUAGUAAAUGGAAAUCAAACAUAGCACCGUAUUUUCCCAUUUUGUUCCGGACAUAAACACAACAGAAAGGAAACAGGCUAUUGCUCUCGGUUAACUCGUUGGCACGAUCAAAAUGAUGCCAUUAGCUCUUAGUAAAACAUUUGGGCAAAAGCCAGUCAAAUUUCAACUUGAAGAAGAUGGAGAUUUUUACAUGGUUGGCUCUGAAGUUGGAAACUAUCUGCGUAUGUUUAGAGGCUCCCUGUAUAAAAGAUAUCCGUCUUUGUGGAGAAGACUUGCGUCAGUAGAGGAGAGGAAAAAGAUAGUUGCAUCUUCACAUGCCACCAGUGUAACUCUUCUGAAAGCAUCAGAGUGUGAAGAGAUCUUUGAAGGGAAUGAUGAGAAGUAUAAAGCCGUGUCUAUCAGUACUGAGCCCCCAGCCUAUCUCAGGGAACAAAAGGCAAAGCGUAGCAGCCAAUGGGUGCCUACAUUACCCAACAGUUCCCACCACCUUGAUGCAGUGCCUUGCUCCACCACGAUUAACCGCAACCGAAUUGGUAAAGACAAGAAAAGGACAUUCCCUUUGUGCUUUGAUGACCAUGAUCCAGCAGUCAUUCACGAGAAUGCAGCUCAAACUGAGAUGCUGGUUCCCAUUCGUCUGGACAUGGAGAUCGAUGGUCAGAAGCUGAGAGAUACCUUCACCUGGAAUAUGAAUGAAAAACUUAUGACACCAGAGAUGUUUGCAGAGAUCUUAUGUGAUGACCUUGAUCUAAAUCCAUUGGCGUUUGUUCCUGCCAUUGCAUCGGCCAUUCGUCAGCAGAUAGAGUCUUAUCCUACUGACAGUAUACUAGAAGAACAGGCAGACCAGAGAGUCAUUAUAAAGCUGAAUAUUCACGUAGGAAACAUCUCUUUGGUGGACCAGUUUGAGUGGGACAUGUCUGAAAAAGAGAACUCUCCAGAGUCUUUUGCUUUGAAACUGUGUUCUGAGCUUGGCCUGGGUGGUGAGUUUGUAACAACUAUUGCAUACAGCAUCCGUGGUCAGCUUAGUUGGCACCAGAGGACCUAUGCCUUCAGUGAAAAUCCACUUCCUACAGUGGAAAUUGCUAUUCGAAAUACAGGGGAUGCAGACCAGUGGUGUCCUCUGCUGGAAACACUCACAGAUGCAGAAAUGGAAAAGAAAAUCCGAGAUCAAGAUCGCAAUACAAGACGGAUGAGGCGAUUGGCCAACACUGCUCCUUCGUGGUAGGUGGUGUAUUGAAGUUUACCUGGAGCCUGCUGUUACUAUAUCACAAUAUUCCCAUAGUGUUAUUGAAGCACAGUUGAUUAAAGUUGAACCUGUUGUCAGACACUAACAUCACUUGCAUCAUCUGCAUCAUCCUUCAUGGAAAACACAUUCAUUCUUUUAACAUAGAUUCCAACAACAACAUAUUACCUUGUAUUUACUGAGAAUGUAAUUUUUGUAAAAUAACAUUAAGUAGGAACUACAAAUUAUGAUGUAGUGAAUUUCUUUCUACUUUGUUGAAAACAUUUAAAUGCAGUGUGUUUGAACUUCUUUAAAUGAAUGAAGACAAAAUUUAUGUAAACUGCCCUUUGCUCUGUAUCACUAAUAUAAAAUUUACCCAGGCACAAGGUCAUGCAUGGAGGUUAUUAAGUUGAAAUUGUUCUUUAAAUGUAUAAUUUUUUAGGAUAAUGUUUUCAUUUUCUUUGCCCUGACAAAUGAACAAAGAUUUUAUCUAAAUAAUAGUAAAUUACCACAAGAGCUUAUAAUGUAGUUUAUUAAAUAAUUUACUAGUCCAGGGCUACAUAAUCCACUUCCAUUUUGUUUGUUUGGUGGGCUUGUACGAUGUUCAAGGGGGUUCAAAACUAUUAAUUUCAGUCUGCCAAAUUCAAGUCCACAGGCUCCUAAAAUAUUUGCUCUAAAUAGUCAGAUAUUUCAGUUUGAAUUUGUUUUGUUCAGUUUGAAGUUGUGCCUCAUUACAUUGUUGUUAGUGAUCAUGGGUAGAUUUCACUUCACUGCUGAACUGUAGCAGGCUGUACAAUACCAAAAGAUUCCUCUGUUGUACCAUGUAAGGCAAUUGAAGCAAUGGAUCAGUGUGUAUUAUGAAGUUCUCUUUGUAUGCUUGUGUAUUAGUGGGGUCUUUUAUACACAAAUGAAAUAAAAGAUUACAAACAAGGUCA